GGUGUCUGAUAAAACAUCCUUGCAGUGAAAAAAUAGUUACAGUCUCACAUAUGACUGCAGCUUUUAACUUUACGGUUUUGGACUUGUAUCAAAUUCGGUAUGAAUGUUACUUCCAUGUUAUAUUCUUGUAGAAAACGGUUUAUUUCAAAAAUUAUGAAGAAGAUACACUGGUAUAGGUGCAAUUGACCUAUACCACUAUACAGUUCAGAUUUACGGACCUUACUCACACGCAUACCGUAUCAGUCAGUUGUCCCCACGCCACAAAACUGAGCGAAUUUGUCACUUUAGAGUCUAGUCUCAGGUGUUUUUUAGUCUUAUCAGUCUGUGAUUGUUUUCCAGUUUCCACAAAGCACGGAUCCCAUUUUUUUUAUAACAGCACAGAAGAAUUCUAAAGCGCGAUACGGCCAUUACAGAUCGUAAAAUGAAAGCGUGCUUUUCGCAGUACAGUAUGGAUGAUUAUUUCUUUUGAAAAGCUCUUCGAUUUUACCGCUGAGAAAUCGAUCCAGAAUGACCUCAACAGCGAAGUCGGAAUCCUCUGAAAGCUCUUCAGAUGACGAAUAUCGCGUGAAUUUUUCUUACGGCAGUCCCUCUGUUGAGAUGGUAAAAGGUGUUCUCCAUCUGUAUCACGAUAAUGAACGGACUUCCUUACAAUCUGGCGAAACACGUCGUCGCAGUAUACUGUUGUGCAUGUUGUCUGUGCCAGCACGCUUGUCGACCAGAGAUCUCUUGGCAUUCACUGAAACUUUUUCUCCGGAAAUCGAGCGGGUGCGCAUUAUGCGCUACAAGUCACCCAAUCAGUACAUGGUGCUGUUGCGUUUCAAAAACCAGGAAGCUGCCGAUAGGUUUUACGACCAUUUUAAUGGUGUUCGAUUUGAUUCUGACGAAGAAGAAACAUGUCGUCUUGCUUAUGUUGGAAAAGUGGAUGUCGUCGAAGAUAUAGAGGGAAAAGGUUUCUGUAUGCGCCCAUUCCUGGGAACCACGGAACCACCUACGUGCACUAUUUGCUUGGAUAGAAUGGAUGGGACUACAGGAAUUUUUACCAUUCUUUGUAAUCAUUCGCUCCACUGUGCAUGUCUGCAGCAUUGGUGCGAUACAAGUUGUCCGAUCUGCCGGUAUUUCCAGACGCCGCCGACAACGGAAGAACAGACAUGCGCUCAGUGCGGAGUGGUUUCUGACGAUUUGUGGCUCUGUUUGAUAUGUGGUCAUGUGGGAUGUGGGCGUAAUUCCGGGAAGCACGCAUUAGUGCAUUUUGAGGAAACUCAGCAUCCGUAUGUGUAUAAUAUUAAAACGCAGAGAGUUUGGGAUUACGUCGGAGAUGAUUACUUGCAUCGGCUAAUUCAACGUCAUAGUGUCGACAAAAUGGUGGAAAUGAUGGAUAGAUCAGGAAAUAUGGAUCAUGAAGCAACUGAAUCUAUGGCGCUCGAAUACAGUUAUCUCCUCAACGUCCAACUGGAAUCGCAACGGCAUUACUUCGAAUCAGAAUUACGGAAGCAAAAGGAAGUGAUUGAGACACAGAGACGGGAAUUAGCCAGCCGAAAGAAAGAGCUUGAUAAUUUUGCAGCAGCCAGUGCGUUCGAGAAAAGGCGCCUCGAAAACCAAGUCAAUCAACGUGAACUAACGAUUAACAAUCUCAGGAAAGAGAAACUGGAUUUGGAAGAGAGAUGCGGACAGUAUAAGGAAGAAAACGAUCGUGUACUACGCAAAGCGGAACCUACUCAAACUGGUCCGGAAGAUUGUGCGGGUGUUACGGAAGAAAAGGAGGCGCUCGAGGAAAGGGUUAAUCAGGCACGUAGUUAAGCUGCAUUCCGCACUUUGAAGUUUAGGCGUUCUGAAUGUUUCUGUUUGGCGCCUUGGAUGGUUUUAUUGUAUUUUACACAGUUUUUUGUUUUUUUACGGAUACCCCGCUCUUGUUUGUGGCUAUUCCGUGAACGGUGUACUUUAAAGUCUUAUUUCGCAAAUAUUACUCUUGAUUGGUUUUUACGAUUGAUUACUUCUGUAUUUGUUUCGUAGAAGUAAUGCCUGUUUACUGUCAGGACACCAUGUAUCCAAAUCUGCUUCUGAAACGGAAGAAGUGUCCGUACUCCGUACUAAAAGGUUAAAAAGGCAUCUGUGAAAGGCAAAGUGAUACAUAAAACCAGAAAAUCUUA